AUGUCUUCCGGCACCACCAACACUAAAACGGGAUUCUCCGUGCGGGACAUCCUGGAUCUCCCCGACCCGACGGGGAGGUGCGGUUGCUCCGGGACCGAGGAGGCGGAGGAGGACGACAAGGAGGAGGCCUCCGCGGAGGCUCCGGGCGCGGGAAACCCGCAGACAUUGGGAUUUAGCGGCCGGAGUUUGUGCGAGCUCGGCGGCGGCGGGAACCUCGGCAGGUGGAGCUGCGGAUCCGGUAACCUGCACUUCUCAUUACACGGUCUGUCCUUAAAGUCCCGCACCGAGCCCAAAUCCCCCGACCUCUCCACGGACGAGUCCCCGGACGCGGAGCGGGAUUCAUCGGGCGGCGACGCGCAGAGGAGCCGCGGCAGGAAGCGGCGCGUGCUCUUCUCCAAGGCGCAGACCUUCGAGCUGGAGCGCCGCUUCCGGCAGCAGCGCUACCUGUCCGCCCCGGAGCGGGAGCACCUGGCCGGGCUGAUCCGCCUCACCCCGAACCAGGUGAAGAUCUGGUUCCAGAACCACCGCUACAAGAUGAAGCGCGCCCGGACCGAGCGCAGCCUGGAGGCGCUGCAGCUGCUGCCGGGCCGCCGCGUAACCAUCCCGGUCCUGGUGCGGGACGGGAUGCCCUGCGACCGGAUCAUAGUGCAGGACCUGGAGGCGACCCUCGGGUCCGGCCUCAGCCUGCCUCUGUGCGCCUACUCCCCGCUGCUGCACCCCGCCUACGGCCCGGAGCACCCCGGCCUGCCGCAGCAGCACCCAGGGGUGCAGCAGCUGGCGCACAUGUACCACUGGAGCUGGUGA